AUGGCGGCUACCGACGGAGCUCACUUUGACUUUAUUGUUGUUGGCGGUGGCACUGCAGGUAACACUGCAGCUAGCCGUCUCGCUAAAAACCCCAGUGUUACCACCCUAGUCGUCGAGGCAGGUGUCGGCAACCCAGACGAGGCCUACAAGACCACAUUUGUUAAGCGUGACGACUAUGAGCGCAUCGACAAACCUAACACCCGUGGCAAAGUCCUCGGUGGCAGCUCCUCCCUAAACUACUUCACAUGGGCGCCUGGUUGCAAGUCGACCUUUGAUUUGUGGGAGGAGUACGGUGGGAAGGAGUGGACCUGGGACCCCCUCAAGAUUGGCACCGAUGGGUCCAUUCACAUUUCCCACGCCGAGCUCAUCGACGAUAUGAACCCAUUUCGAGAAGCUGUCACAAAGGCCUGGAAGUCUAGGGGAGAGCCUCAGACUUCAAAUGUCUACGAUGGCGAGAUGAAUGGCCUCACCCGCUGUGCCGAUACAAUCUAUAAGGGGGUGCGCUCUGGCAGCUACCUUUUCUUGAAAAACAAGCGCAACAUUACUGUUUUGCCUGAGGUUCUAUCUAAGCGCCUAAUCAUCGAUGACGUUGAUCGCACUUGCAAGGGUGUGACAGUCAUUGCCGCCUCUGGGAAGGAGCUCAAUUUCUACGCCUCUCGCGAAGUCAUCCUCUCACAGGGUGUCUUUAAGAGCCCAAAGCCCCUGAUGCUUAGCGGCAUUGGCCCUGCCCGUGAGUUAGCUCAACACGGCAUUGACGUGAUUGUGGACUCUCGUCACGUCGGUCAGCACUUAAGUGACCAUCCCGGCGUCCCGUUCGUCUUGCGCGUUAGGGAUGGCUUUAGUAUGGACGACAUCCUCUUGCGCAAAACCCCUAAGAAUGAGGCUGUUGUUUCCGCGUAUAAGAAAGACCAUUCGGGCCCUGUUGGCUCAGGUCUUUUAGAGCUAGUGGGCUUCUCCCGUAUCGACAAGUAUAUAGAGAAGGAUCCCGCCUACAAGAAGGCUAAGGCUGCCAAUGGCGGAAAAGAUCCUUUCUCCCCGUUGGGACAGCCUCACUUCGAACUGGAUUUUGUCUACAUGUUCGGCAGAGACCACGUUACCGUUGUCGUUGACCUGGUCCGCCCUAUAUCCGAGCCUGGUGAGGUGAAGCUCAAUAGUGCCGACCCUCUCGUCCAGCCUAGCAUCAACCUAAACUUCUUCGCCGAUGACCUUGACAUCAUUGCCAUGCGGGAGGGCAUUAGGUUUUGCUAUGAUAUCCUUACUAAGGGGGACGGCUUCAAGGACCUCGUUGUCGAUGAAUAUCCCUGGGCCAUGCCUCUCGGCUCAGAUGAUGAGAUGAAGAGAGCUGUACUUGACCGCUGCCAGACUGCGUUCCACCCCUGCGGCACUGGCGCAGUCGACGCCAAGCUCAAGGUCCACGGCAUCAAGAAUCUUCGCGUCGCCGAUGCGUCUAUCAUCCCCAUCAUCCCUGACUGUCGCAUCCAGAACUCAGUCUACAUGAUUGGUGAGAAGGCCGCCGACAUGAUUAAGGCUGAUCACAAGGAUCUUUUCAAAUAA